ACAACACCUACUUUAUUGGUCUAUAUAUAAUCUCAAAUCUCGUUUAUAAGAACCACCAGUAGUAGUACAAGAAGCUUGGGGUCAUAGAAGGUAGUGUAAGGUGAGAGAGAACCAUUAUUAGAUACUACUUGUUUAUAUAUAUAUGGAGAUGGAUCGGUUGUUGUGGAUGCUUUGGUUGCUUAGAGUCAGAGAGGAUGGCUCUCUUGCAAAUCAAAGCCUCCAUCAACUAUCCAAAUGGAAUGUCUCCUCUGACAUCUUGGGAAUCAAAUGAUAAACACAGCAACUGUUGUGAUUGGGAGGGUCAUCCAACUUCUACUCAAUGCCACAUAUUAGCGUGACGAUGAUGGCAUAACCCGUUAUAUGAAUUUCUCAUUGUUUCUUUCCUUCAGAGAACUCGUAUAUCUAGAUUUGAAUGGUAUUGGACUAGCCGGUUGGGUUGAGCACGAAGGUUUUGAAAGAUUAUCUGAGUUAGGGAAGUUAGAGGUGCUUAUAUUGGAUCAAAAUUUAUUUAAUAAUAGCAUCCUAUCAUCUCUUGGUGCACUUUCAUCACUCAAAACUCUAUCCCUAGCCUACAACAAGUUGAAUGGAUCAAUUGACACCCAAGCUUUUCUUAACAUGAGCAAUUUGGUGGAGCUGGACUUGAGUGGCAACCAGAUAAAUAGUUUUACGGGAAAUGAAGGCUUGAAGAGCUUAAGCAAGUUGAAAAUCCUACGCUUGCAGCAGAACAGUUUUAAAAAUGUUAGUAUUCUACAAUCAUUGGGUGCUCUAUCCUCACUAAUGGUGUUAGAUCUGUGGUACAAUGAAUUGAGAGGAUUGGUUACCUAAAAAGGUAAGAUAUCAUUGAGAUGCCUCUGAAUUCAAUUUGAAAUAGCAUUUAUUCAAAUUUUUGUUAUUAUUAUUUUUUAAAUGUCAGCUCAAGCACUAAAUAGGAGUAUAAAUUUACCCUUUUGCUAAGAUGAACAGAUCAUGUUUUUAAGCUGUGAAGCGUAGGUUUUUACGUACUCUAUUAGAAUAGUUUUAAAACCUAAAAUCUAUUUAAUUGGUAAUUUAAUUUUACGUAUUAUAUAAAAAAUAAAAAAAAAUACAACUCAGGACCACUAGCCACAUAUCUUUUCUAUCUUGUUCUUUUGAUCCUUGGUUUGAAGAGGUAGGUCAUGAAUCACGAUACAUUGAUUUCCCACGAUUAAGCCGGGAAUUUUCUUGUCACGAUCUUAAUAUCUUUGUACAAAAUAAUUUUGUUUUCUAACUGUUUUUAGAUUUGGAAGGAUUGAGCAACUUGGAGGAAUUGUAUUUGGAUAGUUCAUCUAUUGAUGUGAGCUUUUUUCAUAAUGCUGGAGUGAUGACUUCUCUCAGAGUGUUAUCAUUGUCAUACAUUCAUUUCAACUACAGACUACCAAACCAAGGUUGGUGUGAGCUUUUUAAGCUUGAAGUGUUGGAUCUAGGUGGUAAUGAAUUAAGUUUACUUCCUUCAUGCACGAGGAACUUGACAUCACUCCGCUUAUUAGACCUCUCAUUCAAUAACUUCACUGGAAGUAUUGACACCUCUCCACUUACCAGUCUCACAUCACUCGAAUAUUUAUUCUUUCCACACAAUGAUUUUGUGAUCCCAAUCUCGUUUGCCUCAUUUUUUAACCAUUCAAAGCUUAAGGUUAUCUCAGGUGAUGGGAACAGAUUAAGUACCCACCCAAUGGUGUUUCCCUCGUCAACUCCAAGGUUCCAACUCCAAAUUUUCAGUUUGUCAAACUGCAAUGUCAAUGAAACUCUUUUCCAUUUUCUCUACCAUCAGCAUGACCUCAGAGUAGUUGACCUAUCACAUAACAAUCUGACGGGUGGGACAUUUUUUCUCUCUUGGUUGUUAACCAACAAUACACAUUUAAAAUAUCUUAAUCUAAGAAGUAACUCCUUCUCAGGGCCUUUACCCUCUCUUUCUCAUCAUCCUUGCAACAACAUUACACAGUCGAUUGAUAUCUCUAACAAUCAACUUCAAGGUCAACUGCCAACAAAUAUAGGUUCCAUCUUUCCGAAUUUAAAGUAUUUAAACUUGUCUAUCAACCAAUUGGAAGCUAACAUUCCUGCUUCUUUGGGUGAUCUACAACUUUUGGAGACUUUAGACCUGUCUAACAAUAAUUUGUCAGGACAAAUACCGGAACAUUUGGCAAUUGGUUGCUCCUCUUUAAUGUUCCUCAAACUAUCCAAUAAUAUUUUGGAUGGCCUGAUAGGUUCCCAACUUCUGAACCUAACAAGUUUGUUCUAUUUAUAUUUGGACAAUAACCGUUUUGAAGGAAAGAUUCCAGAUACCUUGUCUACCACAUCUUCUUUGAGGGCAUUGGAUAUUAGCAAUAACAACUUGUCUGGUAAUCUUCCAAUCUGGAUUGGGAGUAUACCUUACUUACUUGUACUUGUCAUGUCCAAUAAUCUUUUCCAAGGUCCAAUUCCAGUAGAGUUCUGCAAACCUGAUUUCCUUUCCUUUUUAGACCUUUCUAAUAAUAAUUUGUCUGGACCUAUACCAUCUUCCUUCAACUCAUCACAAAUACAAUAUGUACAUCUGAAUCACAACAAGCUAACGGGCCCAUUGACACAUGCAUUUUACAACUGUUCUUCUUUGGUAACGUUAGAUCUUAGACACAAUAACCUAACUGGUAACAUUCCAAGUUGGAUUGGCAAACUUUCCUCAUUGAGCAUUCUUCUCCUCAAAUCUAAUAGUUUCGAGGGUGAAAUUCCUGUACAAUUGUGCCACUUGGAAGGGUUAACUAUACUGGAUCUUUCUCAAAACCAUCUUUUCGGUACCAUACCUCAUUGCUUUAGUGACAUACCUUUCAAGGCAAUGGAUACAAAAUCCUUAAGGCCAGAUGCAUUUUAUAAUUCGGAUUGGAAAGAAGAUUUUUGGUCUUACAUGGUGGGGACAGGAUUAUCUGCGAAGAAUGUUUUAUUUUUAGCUUCUUUUACUGGGGAGACGGAAUAUUACCCGAGUAUAGUUGCGACGCGUCAAGCAGUGGACUUCACCACAAAGAGUAGAUUGUAUGCAUACAGCGGCAAUAUACUGGACUACAUGUCAGGAGUCGAUCUCUCUUGCAACCUCCUGACAGGGGAAAUCCCACCAGAUAUCGGAAUGCUAAGUGAGAUCCGUGCACUAAACCUGUCGCAUAACAAUCUCAUUGGUUCAAUUCCAGCAACUUUCUCAAUGUUAAAGCAAGUGGAGAGUUUGGAUCUUUCCUACAACAACUUGAAUGGAACAAUCCCCUCUCAACUCACUGAGUUGAACUCUUUGGAAGUCUUCAGUGUGUCACACAACAACUUAUCAGGUACGACUCCGGAACGGAAAGAUCAGUUUGUGACCUUUGAAGAAAGCAGUUAUGAGGGAAAUCCUCUUCUUUGUGGACCUCCAUUACUUAACAGUUGCACUAAAACUGGAUCCUCAUCAACAUUGCCUCAUCACUCUUCAGAAGAGGAAGGUUUCAUGGAUAUGGGGGUUUUCUAUGUGACUUUUACCGUCUCUUUCAUAAUUGCGUUCUUAGGAGUUGUUGCAGUUCUGUGCAUAAAUCCUUAUUGGAGACAAGCAUGGUUUCGUAUCGUUGAAGCUUAUGGGACCUCUUGCUAUUAUUUUGUUCUUGACUGCUUUCUCAAGCAGUUCAACAGAAUAGCCAGAGGUGUUUAGAUCUUUUAUGUAACUUCAUGGCUGUGUGUGUGUGUACAUAUAUAUAUAUAUAGGCCUAUUUAAGGAUUGUCUGUUUUUGUAAUGUAUAAUGAUGAUUAUAUAUAUAUGACAAAUAAUUUGUGCUCUCUCUCUCUCUCUCUCUCUGGGGUGUGUGUUAGUAUGAGAGGGAGAGGAGGAGGGGAAAGGAAAGGAUGAAUCAUGUAGCCAAAUAACCAGCAGGACCUACGUGAAAA